CAUGAGUGUUGAAAGCGGUCGAUUUAUUUUUUUUAAAGCGUUUUAACCAGCGCGGGUCACGUGAUCUCUGUUUACAUCCUCUCAGCUGGUUGUGCAGAAAACACGACGGCGGCGGAGCGACAGAAAGUGUGCUGUCGUGGAUUUAAGUUCAUCCGCUAUAAUUGUAUUUAUAUGUGUGUGUGUGAGUGUGUGUACGCGUUUGAUCCGCAUCGAGGAAAAGAAGCAGAAGGAGCCAUGUGAUGGUGAUCUAAAGCGACCUCACAGGACGUAAAUCGCCUCGCGGAUCUGUCAGUCCAAUCCAUCCAUCCAUCGUAUUCUGGAAGAGUUAUUCCUCCGCGGACGUGAAGAGAGGGCACCUCUGUGAACCUCUCCUGGUUUGUUCUUUUUCUCUCCGUGUCUUUGGCGAAAACGGGACCAUGGGCGGAGCCGUGAGCGCCGGCGAGGACAACGACGAUCUGAUUGACAACCUGAAGGAGGCGCAAUACAUCCGCACGGACAAGGUGGAGCAGGUGUUCAGGGCGAUAGACCGCGGGGAUUACUACUUGGACGGAUACAGAGAAAACGCCUACAAAGACUUGGCCUGGAAGCACGGCAACAUCCAUCUCUCGGCCCCGUGCAUCUACUCCGAGGUCAUGGAGGCGCUGAGUCUGCAGCAGGGACUCUCCUUUCUCAAUCUGGGCAGCGGGACAGGAUACCUGAGCACAAUGGUGGGCCUGAUCAUCGGUCCGUUCGGAGUAAAUCACGGCGUGGAGCUGCACAAGGACGUGGUGGAGUACGCGCAGGAGAAACUGGAGGAGUUUAUCAAAAACAGCGACAGCUUUGACAAGUUUGAGUUCUGCGAGCCCCAUUUUGUCGUGGGAAACUGUUUAGAGAUCUCCUCAGACAGCCAUCAGUACGAUCGCAUCUACUGUGGAGCCGGCGUCCAGAAAGACCACGAGAACUACAUGAAGGUCAUGCUGAAAGUCGGUGGCGUUCUGGUCAUGCCCAUUGAGGAUCAGUUGACUCAGAUCACCAGAACGGGACAGAGCUCUUGGGAGAGCAAGAACAUCCUGGCCGUGUCCUUUGCUCCUCUUGUCCAGCAGAACCGAAGUGAAGGCAGCAAACCGGACGCUGUGAUUUUGCCUCCGCUGGCGGUGCGAAGUCUGCAGGACCUGGCGCGCAUCUACAUCCGCCGCACGCUGCGCUGCCUCACCAACAACGAAAGCACGUCGAAGGUGACGGGGCCACGCAUGCCGCAGAAGCGCAAACGCCGGCGCAGACGCAGCCACCGCAACGUGCAGCACCACGUCAACACCUACGUGUUCGUCGGCAACCAGCUGAUCCCGCAGCCCAUCGAGAGCGAGGAGGACGAGAAGAUCGACGACGAGGACAUCAAGGAGGAGGACAAAGAGGUGGAGAAGGACAAACCCGAGCCCCCUCGGGUCAACUUGCUAAGAGACAAGGUCCUGAGUUUGCCUCUGCCCGAAUCGCUCAAGGCGUAUCUGCUGUAUUACAGAGAGAAAUAGGGAGAAAAUGGUGGACUUUCUGCCUAGGAACAAGCAAUGUUUUUUUGUAUUACGGACUCUCUCUCUCACUCUUAAUUCCUUUGAUAAUGUAGCAUAAUUUAAUUUUGUUUCACACCUAUAUAAGGUUGUGCUUUACAAUAAUGAUUUCUAUAGUUCUGGUUCAGAAAUCUUUUGAACCUUUUGAGGACCUUUCUGGGCCCACCAGGACAUUUCAAGGUUUCUAGAUCUCUUUAGUAGCUUGUACUCAGCGUUUGCUCUGAUAUUUCAUUCGUAUUACAACAGAAAUCUUUUAUAUUAAUGAAUUCGCAUCCAGAGCCUGGCCUCGAUCAGUCCUGACUUGGCACUUUAUCCUGAAUGAAUAUUUGCUCUUAGGAAAUCUGCACCAGGCUGUUUCUACACGUUAGUGGACGGUGCGGAUUUCUCACUGUGUGUCUAUUCGAUAAGCUUACGGUUGGGAAGCACGACAAGAUUCUUGUGCGUGCUUUAACGAUAUGUUGUUUCCGUGUUGUUUUUUUUCCUUUCCUUUUCCUCACAAGGUCACCCAAAGUGGUACAAUAUGAAGCAGGCUUCAUUGGUUAUAACUUAAAAAGAAAAGGUCUUUUGGUCCAGUCGUAGAUUAAGCUUAGUCUCUGAUUAAAUUGCACUACUGGUAGAGAUGUUUUAUUCUCAAUGACUUUUCAAACCCAGCGUUGCUACGUUCAUUUUCUUUCUUUCGUUCUUUAUUCCGGCGUCUGGACAACACUCCCAUCAUGUUCCCAUUGAAGACCACGGUCACCGUUUGCCGUUUAGUGUGUCCCAGUGUACACCCACUACAUAUUUUCCGUUCAUAACGAUUUCAUUUGUAAUAUAAUUCUUAUAUUAACACGAUGGUAGAUGCUAAGAAGUGUCAUGUUACAGAAAUUAACAGCUUUAAGAUCCUUAAAAAAAAAAAAAAAAAUAUGUGAAACUUUUGUGUAUCUGAAAACAGUUUAUACAGGUUGGGUUUGAGGUUGCUGUUACUCUUUUGUAGAUGAGAAAAACACAUUUUUAUUUUAACACAGAUGGUGUGUGUAUGUACUAAUAUACACUGUAAAUCAUACACAUUUAAAAUAAUACAGGUGGAAAAAAAAAAGACUUAAGAUUCGUAGAGAGGAGACACUUUUAUCACACUUGCAUUAUACUCUUCUUAGAACUAUGCUUCAAGGCAACCUUUGAUUCAGCGUCUUUCUAUUUUUCUUCAUAGCACAAAAACCACAACUAUAUUCACGUAAGUUGAGGUGUAUAUUAUUAGAGGUAUCUAAGUUUUUUUUUUUCUUUUUUCCAGACUGGGCCAAUGUGGGACUUUUCCCCCCCAAAAUGGAUAUUUUACACAAAGUCAGGAUUUAAGUCUAUUAUCUGCUGGAUAUAUGUACAGUAUGAACUAUAUGGGGUGUGAACUCUUUAAUAAAUUCUAACAUUUGUGAAGA